AUGUCCAGAUCCAGAGAUACGAACUUCGUCUUAACGCAUCUUGGUGAAUUAGAGGAACUUGCAGAAGAAAUUCUCACCGAAAAACAGCAGAUUGUGGAUCUUGAUCGGAAGAGAAACCAAAGCAGAGAAGCAGUGCGAGCGCUCAAAAACCGGACAGAAUCUCAGAAGAGUAAAAAGGAAGUCAAAACAUGGGUCAGCUUCGGGAACACUUUCAUCAAAUUUCCAGCCAAGAAUGUCAAGACGAUGCUGACGAAUGAUCAGAAGAAGCUGGACGAAGAGAUCAAUGAUCUGAGGAAUGGAUUAAAGCCAAAGGUUGCCAAGCUUAGAGAAAUGGAAGGUCAAGAAGAGAAAAAGGGGUUUGAUCUGAAGGCAAUGUCUCGGGAUGAACUGAAGGCAGUGUACCAUCCUACAGGCUUCCAAGGCAACACCUGAUGGCUUAGAUUAAACCAAGA